AUGGCAGCGGCGAAGCGCAGUGCAGGGUCCGAGGCCAAGGAGGGUGCACCGGACAAAGGCGCGGCUAGACUUCCUGCGACGCGGGUGGCUGCGGAGCGGGCCCCAAGGUCUAGGGUGACCAGCUCAUCCUGGUUUAUAGGAAAGGUUCCUGAUGUUAGAACUGAAAGUCUGGAGGUCCAGGAAACUCCUCAGUUCCAGCACGCAAGAUUUAAUGGUGGGACGUGUCUUUCCUUCCAUCUUUCUUGGCUAGAAAUCAGAAUGAGAGGUAUUGCCUUCGGUGGUGUUUUUAUCUUAUUCUGGCUCUUACGUGAUGCUGGAUGUUUGAUUUGUAGAUACUGCAACCUCUCCGUCCCAUUCCAUGGAUGUCUUUUAGACUUUGGAACCUGCAUAGCAAAACCUGGUCAGCAUUGUAUAAAAGAGGUUCACAUUAAAGGUGGAAUUCAGUGGUAUUCAGUUAAAGGCUGCACAGAGAACACAACUGUGUGCUUCAAGAGAGUUAUGAAAUCUUCUGAAAUUCACACUACUCACUGCUGCCAUCGUCCUCUGUGCAAUUUCUGAGCCAAUGGCCCAUCUCUGAACUGCUUGACUGAUCAGUCAGUUUCAAAGCCUGACCUGGUCAUCCCAAGACAGCAGCUACCGUCCAUCGGCCCAGUGCAAAAACCUCAGACCUGUGCAGGUGGUAGGAGUUACUGAUUUGGGCUUUCAAGGUGCCCAACUCUCCCCAUCACCUCUGACAUUUCAGAAACAUUCCUUUCAACACCAUCUCUCUCCUCUCUUUCUGCUGAAUUCCGCUUCUGUUGAUUUCAGGCUACAAAGAAGUGAAAAUGUGAGUGAUUCCCUGAGUCAAAUUACGCACAUCAUCUCUAGUUGACUAAUUUUCCUAAAUAUUUCCGUACUCCAAAAUACAGUUACAAAUGAAUGUAUCACAAGAUACCAAGAGACCUGAAAGCGUUCAUUGGUUUCCAAAGCAAACUGCCUUGCUCUUUUGGGGUAAUUUAUGAUAAGUGAGAAAGUGAUUUAGCAAAUACUAGGAAAAAUAAGCCAGGAGUCUGUGUGUGAGAAUUAUAAACCCAAAUGGUAAAGGGCUCACGCAGGUGCGAAGGUUGGCACUCAUUUCUCCCAUCUGCAUUAGGAUUUGCCCAAAUUCUGGAUAUCCAUAUCUUAACCACGCCUGAGUGCUUUGGCUCAUCUGAUUUUGGCAGAUUAAGCAAUUCCACUCGAGCAGAGGAAUAGGUUCCCAUCCACAAGGAAUUUAAAAGGGUUAUGAAUAUGCUUUGAACUGCAUGUCAUUUUUUCAUGUGCUACAUAUUCAAUUAUUCUCAUUUGAUGCCCUACUUCCACAAUUUGAGAUUGUUGUGUUUUAAAAUUUAAAGUUGUUUUUCUCUGUAAUUCCAGGAGUUUGGGAAAUCCAAAUGAUAAAUGAUAAACCUCAAUAAAACCUUCUUUUAUUGUCUUUUUCUCAGAACCUAAGACAACAUCUCACACACAGUGGGCCCUCAACAAAUGCUUUUCUAUAAACUUUGAAAAAAACCAAACAUUAAAAAGCCCAAGGAAACUAGGCAUUUCCCUCUACAAUUAUUUCAGCCAUAUUUCUUAGACUGUAUUUCUUAGGAAAAAACUUUCUUCAUCCUAAGAUUUAAAUCUAUUUGCCAUUAUUCUCGCACUUUAUGCAUCAGCCACAUUGGUAAACGGUGGUUACCCCAGA